AAUGCGAGAGAUCUCACUUUGGCACCUGUUGAUUGACCAAUUCAGACAGUGCUCCAGAUAAUUGAAGAAUCUACAACACUGCAAGGAUAAAGGAAUUCAAAGAAAAGAAGGAAAAGAAUAGUGAGGGUGGAACUCAACUAUUCAUUACAGAUGAAUCAGAGACCUAUCAGAUGGCAAACCUCGCAGAGGUUAUCAAUGUGUCAGCCUGUUACAAGGAUCCCUCCAACGGGCGUUUAUACAUAUCAAAGGACGUCAUCUUCCAGGAGGACCUCCAUCUUGCCGAUCCAUCAAUACCGACUACUCCACACAACCCGAAGGUCCUACCCAAUGCGGCCUUGGGGGAAUCAACAGUGGGGGAAUCUUCAGUGAGGGACAGUCUUGAAGACCUACCCACCGAUCCCGAGAUCACUGCACUUCCGAUCCCGAAAAACCUCACACGCGCCAAAGCUUCCAUGGAAUGGAAGUAUUAUUACAAGGCCUGUGUUAAAGAGGUCAACUCUAGCAACCUUUCAAUCACACAAGCUUUACACCUUCCACAUUAUGUGCUUGAUAUUAUCGCCGAGGUAUCUUUUUGUAUUUUUCUGCCGGGGAUGGGCCAGAUUGGGAAGGGCGGUACGAGGGUGAGACUUGGCGUUGGUGUUUUGGAACAUCAAAGAUGGACAGGGUUUUCGCGGAGGUCGCUCCUCGGAUAUCUCCACAACUACAGGUCGGGGAUCUUCCAAAAUCGAGAAGAUUGGUGCAUAUGGCUAGGUCUCUUCACCUUACAAUUUGUAUGGCACUUUGGCCCGGGGUUGUGGUGUGAUAGGGGAGAACGGGGGAUAAUCCCACACAGGAGUUUCGAACAACGUCCGGUUCACGUUUGGCUGGAUAACUCCACCACCACACAGGGUAUGCGGUCGGCGAUGGGGUCAGAAUGCUCGUAUGAUCGAGGGCUUUUCGAUGGAUCUAUCGGCGGGUUCUUAUUCGAAAAAUCGAGCGAGUUCGUGCUGUUUUACUCUUUGCGAGUUCUGUGUCUGAUAAUUGGACAGAUUCUAUUUCAGAGAGUGCUUAUAAAUUGA